UUAAGCGAGCCAUUCACAUGAGACUUUAAAGCACGAAUCGCUCACUAAUAACUAUAAAGUAUUUUCCUGACUCGCUCACCACUGCUGCUGCUGCUGCUGCUCUGAUUUCUUCUAAUAUUCAGGGUACCAUAAGUUGCAACCAUGUCUGAGGGACCGAGAAAGCCAAAGUAUUCAGCAACUCGCCGACUGCAUUUGAAGUCCAAACUGCUGAAGAAGGCAGCUUCUAUGCUGGUGGCUGAAAGUGAAGAGAAAAAACACGAGAAAGAAAGAGUUCUGAACGAGUGUUUCCCUCCACUGAAGCUCUCAAGUCUGUCCGUCCAGGAGCUGCAGGAUCUUUGUAAAGAACUAAAUCGUAAGAUUGAUGUUGUAGAUGAAGUACGCUAUGAUAUGGAGGUUAAGGUAGCCAGAAAUGGGACUGAGAUCCAGACACUGAGUAACAAGAUCAAUGAGCUGAAGGGGGUAAAGCGGCCCAACUUGAAGAGGGUGAAGAAAACGACGGACGACAUGCUGGGUGCAUACACCGAAACCUCCAAACUCACGAAGGCAGAUUUCAAGGCCAACCUGAAGACAGUGAAGAAAGAGGAUGACAAGAGGGAAGAGGUGACCGACUGGCGUAAGAACGUGGAGGCCAUGUCUGGUAUGCAGGGCAGGAAGAAGCUGUUCAAUGCUGGACAAUAAGAAGCUGCACAUGUUAGCAAGACAUUGAUUCUAAAAUCUUGAGUUUCCAGUGUUUAAGUGCUUUUUUUCAAUUAAAAAUGAAAUGAUCUCUUUGUCUUGAUUUAAGAAUUAAUGUCCACAUAAAAAAUAUUUUCAAAACUGUGAAACAAAACUGGUUAGUUCAUGUCAACACAACAAAUAUUAAACAAAGGCACAAAUGCACUUGAUGGAAUGUAAACCUGUAUAUAAAGACUGCCACUGUGUGCCACUUUAAUAAGAUGAAUUUGCAUCCUUUGAAUGUUGAAAUUGUGUCUUUUGACUGAAGUACGUUUGAGUUAGUUUUUUGAAAUGCAGUAUUCACAUUAUACAGAUGAUGGCGCUGUCCCCCUAUGUGUAAUACAUGUGAUGCUGAUUAAACAACCACAAUCACU